AACAAGGUAACCUGCGCUCUUCAUUACUCAUCAGCACAAUGCCUAUCGAAGAAUCCUUAACAAAAAAAAAAAAAAAUGAAAAGACCUUCUUUUAGUUCCUGAUAGCCGUUAUAGCUAGCGGUGUUGAGCUCUGAUCUAUCCCAUGAAUACUGCUAUAUUGAAAAAAGAUAUCCCAUGAAUACUGCUGUUGCUUGUAAUAAAUUCCCUCUUUCAACCGGAAAAAAGAUAAAUAAAUAAAUACGUGUUCGAUCUCUAAGGUCGCAAGCGGCAAGCUCCACCUCAACCAGGACAACCUUGUGACAUUCCUAAAAGGGGGGGAAAAAGAGAGGACAAAUCCGAGUGCAGAAUCUGAUCAAAAAACGAGAACAAGCACAGGCUUGAAGCUUCUCAGUACCACCCCUCUGUUAGAGCUUCUCUCUAUUUGCGAACUGAGAAUUGGAAGCGUUUUCUUCAUAUUGGUCUUUUUUGUUUUCUGCUUUAGAAUCCCUCGACCAAAUCUUGGGGCUAUGAGGAAGAGGGAGAGAGAAAACCCUUGUGGGGUUUGUGGCCACUAUCAUAAAUAUGAAGAAGGAGAGGUCUGCGGGGUUUGUGGCCACCGGAUUCCGGCUCCAUCAGAGAAAACAUCGAUUCAAGUUAGCGCCUUUCCAUCGGAGAUCUUGCCUGAGUUCUUAUUUCUUGGUAGCUAUGAUAACGCAUCGCGUUCGGAGCUUCUUAAGACUCAGGGAAUCUCUCGUGUUCUCAAUACGGUACCUGCUUGUCAAAACCUCUACAAGAAUUCAUUCACCUAUCACUGCCUCCAAGAUGAGAAAACUUUGCCUUUUGAUGAUGCAAAUCAAUUUUUAGAGCAAUGUGAAAGGGAUAAAGCUCGUGUUCUGGUGCACUGCAUGUCUGGAAAAAAUAGGUCACCAGCUAUUGUAAUAGCUUUCUUGAUGAAGUGCAAAGGAUGGAGACUUGCCCAAAGUUACCAGUGGGUGAAAGAGCGGAGACCAUCUGUUGAACUAUCUGAAGCUGUCUACCGGCAACUUCAGGAGUAUGAGCAGAAGCUCUUUGGAUCAUUUAGUACAGGCAACCUUGCCCCACCAGUCUUUGCACCUGCAGGCGUGCCUUCAUUUAAUUUCGGCUUCCCAAAGAUUAAUGAUCCAGUUCCCAUUCCUGCUUUCAGCAAUGUUGGUGCUACCUCUAUUUUCGCCAGUCCUUUAGACAUUCCUCCGCAUGAAUUUACUUUUGGAGCGGGCCUGAUUCAGAAGAAUAGUGAUAGUACGCUGAACCCAAACGGGAGUGAUAUUCAAAUGGGCGGUUCUUGAUUUUCCUUUCUUUAUAUCCUUUGCGAGAUCAACCCUUGGUCAGAAGUUAAAUAUUCGGUCCUGACAUAUGAGUUUCUUUUUAACACAUAUGGAUGUAAAGUGAGUAGAAUACUCGGGACAUUUUGGUUUGUAAGAUUUGACAUGUUCGUAAGUUCUGUGUGCCUUGUCUUCUCCUGUCUAAUGUUCAAAGUUGCAACGAUCUUGUCUUGCUCCUAAUAUAAUACAGGUGAUUCAAUAGAA